UUCGUUUCACUAUCGCUAACAUUGUUGAUCGUCGAAUAUUACAAUUGCCUUCCGGCUCAAGAAGUUACCUGCACAGCAUGAAAAUGUACAGCAUUGAUAUGAGGUUCAUACUACCACCAACCUACGGUACAUACCACUUCAUAUAGCUUGAGAUCGAUUCGAAAUAUUUAAUAGCGAAUUUGUUACCAGCCCACGCGGAACUGUUAGCUUGCACGAUGAAUUCUCUAUUUAGAAUAGCUUUUGUCUUUGGAACAGUACUUUCGCUAACUUCUGCUUAUCGUAUUUUGAGCAUAAAUGUGAGUCCAAGCCGAUCACACAUCAUAGUACAGGAAGCUUUGGUCAAGGAACUUGCCAGACGCGGUCAUCAUGUUACAAUGGUCAGCCCUUAUCCACUACAAACCCCAUUGGAUAACUAUCGACAUAUCACAGUUUCGAUCCCAGAUUGGAGAAAAGGUACCAUGAAAAACCUUAUGCAGGAUCAAUCACCAUGGGCUAUGGUGAAAACGUUUCCGGAAAUGAAUCGGCUCGCUUUGGAGGCUGCAAAUAAUAGCAUUCAUCAUCCCGAAGUUCAACGAAUCAUCAAAGAGGAGAAAUUCGAUCUCUUGAUGGUGGGACUAUUGGCAGAUUUCUUGCUAGGUGUAUCGAAUUGGAUAGGAGCCCCUACCGUUGUCGUCAACCCAAACGUCGCCAUGGCCAUAGUGAACGAAAUGGUGGGAAAUCCGAGUCCCCUUGCAACGGUACCCAAUGCUAUGCGGGGUAUGACAAGCCCUAUGAAUUUCAUCGGUAGAAUGAAAAAUUUGUUCAUUACCUCCAUGGAGUAUGCUUUCGGUUGGUACAUGAAGCACACAUCGGAACAGUACUACAACUCCAAUUUUCCUCGUGGUCAGUUCCCAUCAUAUGACGAGGUUCGCCGAAACGUAUCGCUCGUUUUGAUCAAUCAGCACUUCUCGAAAACCUCCCCCCGACCGUACGUUCAAUCCAUGGUAGAAGUCGGUGGACUACAGGUCAAACAAACGGCAGAUCCUCUGCCGGAAGAUCUGCAGAAGUGGACCGAUGAAGCAGAAGACGGUUUUAUCCUAUUCAGCUUGGGAACAAAUUUGCUGAGUUCAUCAAUUCCGAAGGACAAGCUGGAUGCUCUGAUUAACACGUUCGCAAGAUUGAAGCAGCGUGUGAUUUGGAAGUGGGAUACCGAGCAUAUGCCUAACAAACCAGCUAACAUACUUCUGAAGAAGUGGCUCCCGCAAAACGACCUUCUGGCCCACAAAAAUUGUCGGCUAUUUGUAAUGCACGGAGGUUUGGGAGGUGUAGCGGAAGCUCAGUUCCACGGAGUCCCAUUGCUGGGCAUGCCUUUCUUCGGAGAUCAACAAGCGAACACACUCGCAGUGGAAAAAGAAGGUUGGGCUGUAAUCGUGCAGUUCUCGGACCUGACGGAAGCCACAUUCUCGACGGCUGUCAAUGAAAUUCUGACGAACUCAAGCUAUACCGAAAGGGCCAAGCAACUGUCCAAUUUGUAUCGCGAUCGUCCACAGUCUGCUAUGGACACGGCGGUAUUCUGGACGGAGUACGUGAUUCGACACAAAGGUGCACAGCAUAUGCGAUAUCCUGGAGUGGAUCUGAACUUCUUUCAGACGCAAAUGCUAGACGUGAUUGCGGUAAUUGGUGUAGGUUUGUAUGUUAUUAUUAGGGUACUUUGCCUUACUUGCAAAUGUAUCUGCAGAAGAAAGCAACACAAGUUGAAAACAAAAUGAUAUUUGAAAUCAAUAGAAUAAAUAAAUCUCCAAAAAUGAAUCACAUUAAAGUUUAUUGAAUAAACUAACGAUUAAAUAUAA